AUGACUUUUCGACUCGAUGUGAUUCUUAGAAUGUGGCAUCGAGGCUAUUUCGAGCCAAACAGAAGCCCCCAUGCUUACGAGUCACCAUGGGAGGAGGGCGUCGCAUGUCAACGCUUCUUCCCUAGCAGGGCGGGCAGCAGAUGGUUCCAAGUGAAUUCCCAGACACAACUACAAAGAGAUGUCCUCAAGAAAGUGCAUACAGAUUCGUUCCAAUCGCGAGUGGCGCCACAAGAAACUCGGCCCGGUCUCAUGUUCUCAUCUGAGUGUGGUGGUAGAACGUGAAAAGAAGUACUGGGAAACAAAGAAUCAGCCACGUUUGAGUAGCAAAGACAAGGACAGUGGCUCCUUUGCGACUACAAGUAUAUGGAUGGAGAGAACACAAUGGCAAGCUAUAUACAAGGGCGCAAGGCGCGAUAUCUUGCCAGCAUCGACUCUUUCCAGACUACGGCGCAGAGCGCGACGAACGUGGCAAGCCAACUGGACCGAUUUGCCUACACCAUGGAAUGCCUCUUCCCUUUCGUCAUGCUGUCAGUUGAACGCAUCACUGGCAUACAGAUACUCUUGCCAUACG